AGAGAGAGCAGAUGUCUCUGCUUCCAUAUUCGAUCCCCAAGCUCUGAUUUUUCUACACAGAUUUGUUUGGUUACUCAGAAAACUCGAAUGGGUCUGUCUCAAUUCAUCCAAUCCAUUGAUUGGCAACAAGAAUCGUACCCAGAAUAUGAAGAUUUCGCAGUUCUUCCAUUGUUUGCUCUGUUCUUCCCAUCUGUUCGUUUCUUUCUAGACAGAUUUAUAUUCGAGAAAUUGGGCAGACAAUUGAUAUUUGCAAAAGGACAGCAGACACUGGCUGUUGAGACGGAUGACAGGAAAAAGAAGAUACGAAAAUUCAAAGAAUCAGCAUGGAAAUGUAUUUAUUAUCUUUCAGCAGAGAUUCUGGCGGUUUCUGUCACUUAUAACGAGCCUUGGUUCACUAACACAAGAUGUUUUUGGGUGGGGCCAGGAAAUCAGGUCUGGCCUGACCAGAAAAUUAAGUUGAAAUUGAAAGGAGUGUAUAUGUAUACCGCUGGAUUCUACACAUACUCCAUAUUUGCUCUAAUUUUCUGGGAAACAAGGCGCGCUGAUUUUGGGGUGUCAAUGGGUCAUCAUGUUGCAACUCUCAUUCUAAUUCUGCUUUCUUAUAUAUUAAGGUUUGCUCGUGUUGGCUCCGUUGUUUUGGCUCUUCAUGAUGCUAGUGAUGUAUUUCUAGAAGUAGGGAAAAUGUCUAAAUACAGUGGUGCAGAAACUCUUGCUAGCUUUGCGUUUAUUCUUUUGGUUUUGUCUUGGAUCCUACUUCGCCUGAUUUACUAUCCAUUUUGGGUCCUCUGGAGUACAAGUUAUGAAGUUGUCCAGACCUUGGACAAGGAGAAGCACAAGGUGGAAGGACCAAUUUACUAUUACGUGUUCAAUUCUCUUCUUUUUUGCUUGCUUGUUCUUCACAUUUAUUGGUGGGGGUUGAUGUAUCGGAUGCUUGUCAAACAAAUACAAGCAAGAGGCCAAAUUAGUGAAGAUGUUCGAUCUGAUUCCGAAGGUGAAGAUGAACAUGAAGAUUGAUCAUUUUUAAGAUUUGCAAUUACUGCUUCAAAUAUGUGUAGAUUGAGCAGUUAAGGCUUACACACGUUCUCUAAUGCACGCUCAACAUUAAGAUCAGAAAUGUAUACUAAUUUGUGAGAAGAUGCAAAAGCAGGUUGAGGAGUGUGGCAAGCAGACAGAAGUUGCAUUUGUGAUUUGGACGCAUAAGCCUCUGGUUCUGCUGUCUCAAAAGGCGAAAUUGUUGUGAGGAAAGUUCGUGAUUGUAUUGAUUUUGUAAUACUAGGUUUGUAACAAUUGAGAUUGGUGUCUUUUUUUUUUUUUGGCACAAUUUGAGAUUGGUGUCUGCAGUGAAAUUAUUAGGCACUCUUUUUUCUUUCCCCUUCUUGUUACCAAGAAACCUUGGUGUAGCAAUUGAGCUUUGGUGUCUGCAGUGAAAUUAUUUAGUUGGUUUCUUUA